CACUACAAAAAUCCCACGCACAAAAAGUUGUAGUGGUGGAGAGAAUUUUUACCCAAAAAAAACAAAGAAAGAAAAAAAGUAGGGGGGAGAGAGAGAGAGAGAGAGAGAUAGAGCGAUACCAUGGAAGAAGAACCUAACCACCAAAUCAGAAUCCCUCUCUUAUCUAAGGAUAAGAAAGAUGAAGACUACUUUACCAAGCAGUCAACUUCAUCACCACCAUCAAAAUCCGACUCGGAAGAUCAGUCUCCGGUGGAACAAGUGGCUCUUACUGUUCCCACCACAGACGAUCCCUCCCUCCCAGUCUUAACCUUUCGAAUGUGGGUCCUUGGAAUUUUAUCGUGCACCCUCCUCUCCUUCCUCAACCAGUUCUUCUGGUACCGAACUGAGCCACUCUUAAUCACGGCCAUCUCGGCCCAGAUAGCGGUGGUUCCACUGGGCCAGCUCAUGGCUUCCAAACUUACAGACCGAAUGUUUUUCAAAGGGACAAGGUUGGAAUUUACGAUGAAUCCUGGUCCUUUCAAUGUAAAAGAGCAUGUCCUCAUCACCAUCUUUGCAAACUCCGGAGCUGGCAUGGUCUAUGCCAUUCAUAUUGUGACGGUGGUUAAGGUUUUUUACAAGAAAAACAUUGGUCUUUUGGUCUCCUUUAUUGUUAUUAUAACAACCCAGGUGAUUGGUUUUGGGUGGGCUGGGAUUUUCAGGAGGUUCUUGGUGGAACCAGCGGCAAUGUGGUGGCCGUCUAAUUUGGUUCAGGUUUCACUGUUCAGGGCUCUUCAUGAGAAGGAAAAAAGGCCCAAAGGGGGAUUGACACGCACCCAGUUCUUUCUGAUUGCUUUCAUCUGCAGCUUUGCCUAUUAUGUAUUCCCUGGCUAUCUCUUCCAAAUGCUAACCUCCCUCUCUUGGAUAUGCUGGAUUUUCCCCAAAUCCAUACUGGCCCAACAACUCGGGUCGGGUUUACAUGGGCUUGGAAUUGGUAGUAUUGGGCUCGACUGGUCCACCAUCUCUUCCUACUAUGGAAGCCCACUUGUGAGUCCAUGGUUUGCGACUGCCAACGUUGCCGCUGGAUAUUUCAUUUUCAUGUUUGUUGUAACACCCAUAUUUUAUUGGUUGAACAUCUACAAAGCCAAAAGUUUCCCGAUAUUUUCCCGCGAUCUGUUCAAAUCAAACGGCCAGAAGUAUAACAUUCAGGCCAUCGUUGAUUCCAAUUUCCACAUUGACAUGGUUGCCUACGAGAAAGAAGGGCCACUUUAUCUCAGCGUAUUCUAUGUAAUUACUAAUGGUGUUGGAUUUGCUUCUCUUGCUGCCCUAAUUGUACAUGUUGCUCUCUUCCAUGGAAGAGAAAUACGGGAGCAAAGCAGAUCAAGUUUUCAGGAGAAAACAAUGGACAUACACACAAAACUAAUGAGAAGGUACAAACAAGUGCCUGAGUGGUGGUUUUUGGUCAUUCUUGUGUCUAGCAUUGCAGCAACCAUAUUUGCUUGUCAGAAAUUCAAUGAUCAGCUUCAGUUGCCUUGGUGGGGUCUUCUAUUAGCCUGUGCCGUUGGCUUUUUCUUCACACUUCCAAUGGGAAUCAUCACUGCCAUUACAAAUCAAUCACCAGGCUUAACCUUCGUAACCCAGUACAUUAUAGGGUAUAUAUACCCAGGAUAUCCUGUCGCCAAUAUGAUGUUCAAGGUUUAUGGAUCUAUUAGCACAUUACAGGCCAUCACUUUCCUGCAAGACUUAAAGCUUGGUCACUAUAUGAAAAUCCCUCCCAGAACCAUGUUCAUGGCACAGAUUGUAGGAACAUUCAUAGCUACCAUUGUCUACUUGGGAACUGCAUGGUGGCUGAUGGAAACCAUUCCUGACUUAUGUGAGGAUCCAUCAUCCAUAUGGACAUGUCCCACUGACAGUGUGUUUUAUAAUGGAUCAGUCAUAUGGGGUUUGAUAGGUCCUCGAAGGAUCUUUGGGGACUUGGGGACUUAUUCUGCCAUCAAUUGGUUCUUCUUAGGAGGUGCUAUAGCUACAGUUCUUGUAUGGGUAGCCUGCAAGGCAUUUCCAAGACAAGAUUGGAUUAGACUUGUCAACAUGCCGCUGCUGCUCGCAGCCACAACACCAAUGCCUCCGGCCACUGCGGUUAACGUGUCCACUUGGAUCAUUGUGGGAUUCCUGUCAGGAUUUGUGGUUUAUAGGUAUAAGCCGGAGUUGUGGCGGCGGCAUAAUUAUGUACUUUCUGGUGCUCUUGAUGCUGGCCUUGCCUUCAUGGCGGUGCUAUUGUAUUUUGGUUUGGGCUUAGAAGGUGUUGGUCUCAAAUGGUGGGGAAAUGAGCUUGAUGGGUGUCCCUUGGCUUCCUGUCCCACUGCCAAAGGGGUUGCAGUUGAACGUUGCCCUGUUCAUCACUGAAGAUCUCUGUAUUGGAUCCCUUCUCCUCCUUUUUCAGUUGCUUGCGGGAAUUGUCCAAAAAUUGGUGAUGAAUCAAAUUGAUAUUAACCAAUUUUUGUGGAAACUCAACAAAAAAAAUGUAUGUCUUACAAAUGGAAAAACAUCGAUGACAAAAAUUUUAUACUUGUAAGAGUAGUCCUCAUGUUAUAGUUUGUUUUUUUGUUUUUAGUUUCUUUUAUUUUAUUUAUUUAUUUAUUUAUGUUUA